AUGACUCUUCAACUGCCCCCGAACAACGGAAGAGUAAAAUACAUCACCUCUUCUCUCAACUCCCCCAUGAGGGGGGCAGCUGCAGAUCCCUCGUCCUCAUCAGGAACAGACAAUGCCCCCCACUCCCCUGCUCAGGGGAUCAAACAAGCAGGGGGUCAGUCUGGGACAAGCAGCAGUGACAAGUGUUGUGGUCGUCGUCAGCAUCCGCGGCAGAAUGUGCAGACGAUUGACAGAAUGCCACAAUGGCAAACAGGAAAUCUGCACCUAGUUUCCUACAUCUGCUGGGAAAAUCCGGAGAAGUCCCCCCUCUCCUCCAACACUUCUCAGCAGAUCGCCCCCCACCACCACACCCACUUAGUCUACUAUGAGCCACAGAGCAAAGCCAGCUCAAGCCACGUGCCCCCUUCUUCCUAUGAGGGGCACUCCAGACAUGGGGAAGGGGGUGGGGGUGGAGGUCAUAACAACCGGGGUAGUCAUUACAAGUACACACGGGCGGCCACUCAGCCCGUCUUUGGGCCCAAAUACACAAUGAGUAAGCACACCACCAUCAUCUCCCCCUUCGAGGGAACAGGAGGGGUGGCGAAAAAGUUGGCAAGAGGGGAGUACAUACCAACUAAGGCCGCCAUCGGACAUUUGCCAAAUGCGAAGACGAGAUACCAAAGUGUGCCAACAGUCACUGGAGAUCCACAGACACAACAACAUCAACAACACUACUCGGUGGCCCCCCUCAACCACAACAACCCCAAUCACAACUCCCCCUCCUCUUACUCCUACGCCGCCUACUCAGCCCCAGCCUCUACUCAACCCCACCCCCCAUUACCACCAGCAGCCACAGCAGCAGAGAUUAAUUACAGGACAUACUCUAACAAUAUCUCCAAAAGGAGGGUGCUGGCCCCCCACGUGGAGAUAUGCAGACCCACUGUGUUGGCAGCAGUGGGGGACUUGUUCUCUGGGGAAGAGGACUCCCUGAUGAGCUCUGCAGGCUGUGUUGCUUCCUCAUUCCGUCAUCAUCCAUCGCCCAAAUUUUACUGCAAUCCCACUAAUCAAUACGCGUCAUCUAACAGUGGAGGGGGAGGAGGGCAACAAGCGGACGCCACAUCGGCAGACAGCGGCUACAGCCAACACACAAGUGGUCAGAUUGGCACAAUACAACGCCGCAGAACAACAUUAAAUGGUCUAUCACACUCUUCCCAGUCCAAACACAGUAAAAACAACCCAAAUAGUUUCAAUUCCGAUGCCCAAAACAACAACAUCAACAACCAAAACAACAACAACAGUUUUAUUAGUAGCCUGCACCACAGUUCCACAAAUGAAGACUUGGUAGCCCUGGGAAAAGUAGCCAGCACUUCCCGGAACGACAGCAGCAGUCAAGUUUCCAAUCAGGUGUCCUUUGGGGGGUUCUUGUCGUCACCUCAAGCUGUUCUCAAUAGUGUGAACAAUAGGGGCAGUAAUUCCAAGUACAGAACCACCACCGACCCCUGCUACUCUUCCCCAGUGGCUAAUAAUGGAGGAGGAGGGGGAGGGGGAGGGGGGAGUGUGUUUGGAGCUAGUGGGGUGCACAACAGCAGCAGCUCUGGCUUCAUGUCCGGAGGAGGGGGUGUGACUGGCAGCCCUCACAAGAACGGAUCCGCCCAGUCGUUCACAUUUUCCAGAGGUGGCCGACAGAAUGUUCAGAAGAUGCCGGGUGUUCCUGGUGUGGGUAUGGGUGUGGGGGGCAGUAGUGGCUCCAGCAGUGGCACGUAUCCCACCCAGCCCCCCUCUUUCUCCGGACUCAACAGGAACAGUGUGAAGUGUGUGCGCGUGGGGAGUAUGCAGAGUGAGUCCUACAUAGACCCAGUGGCAGGUGCACAGCCCCCCUUCACCCACAGACUGCAGGAACUGGUGGGUCUGGAGGGGGAGACGAUCAAGUACGAGAGACAGAGGCGUCUGGGAAGGAGGAGGAUCAAACUCGAGUGAUCCAAAAGGGGGAUGUGGGUGCGUGUUUAAUUGUAAAUGCAGCAAACAUGCAACUACACGCCACACUUGGAAUUCAAGCGAGACAUCGAUUGCAUAUACACGCAUUACAACUUUCUUUCUCGGAAACCUCAGGAAAACCUAGAAAGCUUGCGGAUGCCGAAGCAAUUAGUUUUUUACACCAAUUAGCCAAAAAAAACUAUUUUAAACGAUUGUUUUGUUGAGUUGUUUAUGGUGGUUGUCUCAA